CCCGCAGACGGCGACCAUUAAGUGAGAUAGGCUUAAGCGAACACAAAACCCAGAGGCCAAGACUUUUCACCUGUCGUGGCGGGGAACCUCAUCUGCCUGGCGCGAAUCCACGCUGGCCCGCUUGGGAAGACAAUAUCACAGGCUGUCAUGAGAUGUCCAAAGAUAACAAUAAGAGCGGUUGUAUUGCGGGGGUAUUCCCGUCGCUCUCUCUUCCUUCUCCCCAAAUCUUUCUCUGCCAUCUUGCAAAUUCUCCUAAAUUCUCCUGUCGCCUUUGGCCGGAACCUUCGGGGUUGCUUUGUUGAUCAUCCGGCUAGUUGCUUAUCACUCGGCGCAUGGCAGGUUAUUGGGCAGAGUGGGUCGCUAUACAACCAGGCCAUUGGUCUUCGUGGGUAGUCGGUUGUCAAACCAGCCAUUCACACGACAUAUAGCUGAAUAAGUGGGUCG